AUGGAGGAUCGAUUAGUCAUUGUGGCACUUGAACAUGUGCUUAUUCGUUUUGACGGCUAUUCGGCCGCCGUCAAAAUAUCACCAAUUUUCAAAAACAGUCAGUGCGGUAUCUGUGGUCAUUACGAUGGGGAAAGGUACGACGAGUUUCGCAAAAGCGAUAAUAAACAUGCUGCCAAUUUAGAAGAUUAUCAUCGAAGCUACUUUUAUCGAGACCGUGAGUGCGAAAUUGAUGAGGAGCAGAUCAAGGAUAAGAGGAACUAUGAAUAUAUACAAAAACAUAUAGCUACAGAAAUACUGAAGAUGGUUACCAUUGAGAAAAGAAUUGUUGCUGAGACAAUCGUAAGGGAGCAAGCGGCUGAAACAGGCGCUCGUCUGCAGCUAAGUACCUGA